UGAUUAUUUGUGUCUGAAUGUGUUAACUUGAGAAUUUAAAUUUUGCCAAAAGAUAAAGAAAAAAAAACAAUGGAUUUGCCUUCAGGAUUUGACAUCUUAAAGCAAAAGUUAUCAGACGAGUUUCAAAUACAAUGUAUUAUGGCUGAUAAUUCUGAUACUGAUGAGCUCCGUAAUGAAAUCAAACGGUUAGAGAAGGAGAAAUCUGAGUACGAUAGAAAAAAAGAAAGAGAAACCCUGGAACAAAAAUUGAAAGAACUUAAAGGAGCUUUGAAGGGAAAUUCCUCUGUAGCAUCAUCACCGUCCAAUUCAAACAAUAAUAGAAGAUCUAGGAAAGACUGUAGCCCUAAUGUUCAGGAGUCAUUUAAUAGAAUAAAGAAUAAAUUGGACACCUCUAUCCAGUCCGAUAAUGAUGAUAGUGACAGUAAUAAUGUGUCUGAUAAAUCAUCAUCAGAAGAAGAUGAAGCUGAAGAAGUUAUGACUGCUCAACACAAACAGAAGAUACAGAAACAUCGAGAUACCUUAGUAGAAAAUAUGAUACCAGACGACAUAUUUAAUGAUAUGAUAGCAGGAAAGAUUUUAACCACAGCAGACGUCAGUAGGAUCAAGAAAAAGUCCACAAGAGAAUCUGUCAAUGAAGAACUAUUAAAUAAUCUGGUGCUGAAAUCUGAUAGAGCAUUCUUUGUUUUCACCAAGUCAUUGCGGAAAACACUACAAGAGUAUUUAGCCAAUCUGUUAGAACCACCUUCGAAAGCCAAGAAAAAGAAAAGAAAAAGACAACAGAGAGAAAUGAAUAUUAGUUUAGAUGUGGAUAAAAUAAUUCCAACAAAUACAACUCCUCCAACCUGUACUUGUCAAGAAGUGGAAGAACAAAUAUUAAUGAUGUCUAAAAACGCUUAUAAGAAUAUCAGACGUCGGGAUCAGAGUGCUUCUGCUUUUGAACAGUUUCGUAAAGAACUAGAAUCUACGAACACUGUUAUCAAAGACUCAAUGGAAAUAAUGAACACUCUGAAAAUACUGUGUCGUCAUGGGGAAGUGAUAGGAAUUAAUCGUGGAAGUGUGAAAUUUAAAUUAAAAUUUCAAUCUAUGGAGGAUUUAAAUGAUAUAUGGAGGUUGUAUCAAUCAGGAGAAUUAUUAACAUCAAUACAGUCUAGGUUAAUAACACCUAGGGUUUUACAAUAUUUUAAACUUAAAGACAUAAUGCUAGGAUUAAGAAUAUAUGAAAGUGAAUAUGAAAUUUGUCAAAGGGAUUUAACUGAUUGGCAUAAAGUUAGGAAAAGGAGUGUGAAAGAAAACUCAGGAUCUCAUGUACAGCCACAGAUUGAUCCAAGCCAAGAUGUAGAAAACUCACCUUCACCUAAAUCACUUCAACAACAACAUCAUCAUGGUAGAAGAAAAGCUUUUAAUGAAUUGCAAAGGAACCAUAUCUCAGAUCAAGAAACGCUUCAUUGACCAGCUGUUACUUUUUAUGCUGCCAACUCUGCUUUAGAAGGCAUUAACCUUAGUUAUUUUUAGCUCAGCAUGAAGGAAAUUUUAAAACCUUAUGUUAAUUUUUUAUUGCAAAUGGAAGUGCUAUGAAAUUAUUUUUUAAUACUAUUUGUUUUGUUAUUGAAUUUGUUUAUAAGAUAAAUUAUAUAGAGUACUAUUAAAUCUUUUAAGAG